CAUCCUCUUCAACGAAACAAAGAACCACUUUUCAUUUCCCUUCUUUACCAUCGUCUCCUAAAAAAAAUCCCAAAUAUAUUUUUAUAUAUAUAAAUUAUUAGCACGCAUGGUUUAGAAGUAUCCUCUUGUGUGGGGGAUUGGUUGAAACAGCAAAAGCCGAACUCGAAAGAUUCAAGAAGCCUAAAGAAGGCUGCCCAUUUCUUCUCUCCAUAAAGGGUAAGAGAGAGAGUAGAUUUUGUGUGGGAUUCUGUCUCUUUCGUUAUGGUGGAUGAUGGUUUUUUGAACGCUUCUUCUAAUUGCAAUGGCAACCAAGAGAGCCCAAGAAAAACAAAAGAUAUUAAUAAGAAGAAGAAGAAGAAGAAGAAGCGUGGCGGGAGCAAGAAGAAGAUGACUGUUGAGCAGACCUUGGCUUCCAAAUCUGUCAGCGAAUGGGUUUACUUGGAUCGGAAAGUGGUUGCUGAUGAUUUCGAUUUUGGAGUGCACAAGACUCUGAUGAUGAGGAGAGAAGACAAGGUUGUCUUUGAAUUGCAUACUCAUUCCAAGUUCAGUGAUGGCUUCCUGUCUCCUUCCAAGCUUGUGGAGCGAGCUCAUGGAAAUGGGGUGAAAGUUCUUGCUCUCACUGAUCAUGACACAAUGUCUGGUAUACCUGAAGCUACAGAAGCAGCUCGCAGAUUUGGCAUCAAGAUAAUCCCAGGUGUUGAAAUAAGCACAAUGUUCUCUCCAAGAAAUCCUGAAGCAGAGGAGCCAGUGCACAUCCUGGCAUAUUACAGCAGCGGUGGGCCAACUAGGUCUGAUGAAAUGGAAAAGUUCUUGGCUAACAUAAGAGAUGGUCGUUACCUUCGUGCAAAGGACAUGAUCUUGAAACUCAAUAAACUCAAGUUGCCUCUUAAGUGGGAGCACGUUACUAGAAUUACAGGAAAAGGAGUUGCUCCUGGAAGACUGCAUGUGGCUCGAGCUAUGGUUGAAGCAGGCUACGUAGAGAACCUGAAACAAGCUUUCGCUAGAUAUCUGUAUGAUGGUGGACCUGCUUAUUCCAAAGGAAAUGAGCCUCUUGUAGAGGAGGCAGUACAAUUGAUAUGUGAAACGGGGGGUGUUGCUGUGCUAGCUCAUCCUUGGGCAUUGAAAAACCCUGUUGCAAUAAUACAAAGGUUGAAAGAUGCAGGUCUUCAUGGGAUGGAGGUUUACAGAAGUGAUGGCAAACUGGAUGUAUACAGUGACCUAGCAGAUGCUUAUGGUCUUUUGAAGCUAGGAGGCUCAGAUUAUCACGGAAGAGGUGGAAAUAAUGAAUCUGAACUAGGAAGUGUUAACCUCCCAGUAAUUGCUUUGCACGACUUCCUGAAGGUAGCACGUCCCAUCUGGUAUGGUGCCAUAAAAGAUAUUUUCGAGAGAUAUGCUGAGGAGCCCUCUGAUUCGAAUCUAGCAAGGAUAACAAAGUUUGGGGGAGCAAGGAUUUUAAAGGGAAAUUCCCCAUUGAGUUGUGGGAAGGACUUGAUUGAUCGUUGCUUAUCCUCGUGGUUAACAACUGAGGAGACGCAGACAGCCGAGUUUGAGGCCAUUAAAUUAAAGCUCUCCUGUGUCACGAUUAAUCAAGGGGGACUCGCGUUCCUAUAGAGAGCCACUAACUCAAGCGGAGAUGUUUCCUUUUGCCACUGUCAAAAAAAGGAGAGAAUUAUUUCCUUUUGCCAAUUUUUCAUGCUCAAGUGAUCAGGUUAUUAUCCAUUUUUUGUUUUAAUUGAUUACGCUUUUAACUGGAAUAUUUAUGAAUGCAUUAUCUUAAGUAGUGUCUGAUAGAACAAUGUUAUAGAA